CUGGAUGAUGUGUGUAAUUCCAUUUCAUAACUUCUUAUAAGGUUUAUUUUUUGAAAGUAUUACUAUUACUACUUUAUUUUUAAGAUCCUAGCAUGUAUUCAUGACUUUUACCUCAUAUUAAUUUCUGUUUUAGGAGAGACAAAUUAGUUUCGUUUCCUUUUUUUUUUUUGUAGCACUUGUAUUUUUAGGGCUUUCCCUGUAGUUAUUUUUAUUUAUUUUUUUACCUGACCGACGAGGAGACUUGGGCGCAGGAUGAAGGACUCCAGUCUAUUGGGACCGACGGGCGUUUUGGUGGCGAAUCAGAGACCGUGGGAGAACAUCGACUGGCCGAAGGAGCAGCAGCGAUGGAUCCACCGCAGUUGGGGCCAGUACUUUGCGAGGAUGCGAAGGAACAGCUUUGCCCACGCAUAUUUCGACAAGUGCAUCGAAGAGCAUGAGGGGCUGGACCACAAGACCCUGUAUCUGCGCAGCAAGUUCCAGAGAUCGGUGGCCCUCAUCCAGGGCGCCCUGGAGGACAGUGUGCGGGCCACGGAGGUGAGGGAGGUCUGGAAUGCCAAUGUGUCCAAGGAACUGGCCGAUGCCCUGUACGAACUGAAUCGGUUCGAGGACAACAAGAGCCUGCUGCACGACAAUGUUCGUCGGCAUGCGGGCACCGCAUUGAAGGCCUUCGAAAAUCGCCUCCUGGUGGUCGAUGGGAAUCUCAAGGAUUGCACCGGCUUCAGUCUGGCGAACUUCUUCAUGAAGCACUCGUCCCAGUUGCCCGGCUUCUAUGACCAUCAGCAGGAGGAGACGCAAAAGUCGGACAAGCGACCGCUGUGGAAAAUCCUGAAGGAGCGCAACGAGUGCGAUGUCCAGAGCAGCAUUGAUCGCAAGGAGGAGAUGCUCUCCCCGUUGGAAAUGGAACGCAGGCGCCGCAAGACGAAGAUCUACUAUCAGAACUAUCUGGGUCGCAACUGGACUGAUUUUAUAUUUCUGAAAACGCUUCGCCGAAAUCCCAAUAUCCUGUUGGAGAACAAUUUUGGCUCCUCGCCGGAUAGAACCGCGUACCUGGAGCAUUCAUUUAAGCGGCUAAAGACCUUCACCCGGAUGCUUCAGGCCCGGAGUCCCAUGUACAAUGAGUGCUUUCAGCGAAGUCCCCGAAUGGAGGCGCGCAUGCGGGAAUCGAAUUUGUUCAGGAUUCAGUACCAGACCAGGCGGAAUAUGCUAAGCAUCCUGCGAACCAUUCAGGUGCUAAGGAAAAAGCAUGACCUCAAGCGCCUUCGCAAAUUCGUGGAGGAUGUGAUGGGCAGCUAUGUGGUCAUCAAGACGAACCGUCUGAUGCCCUGGAAAGCGGAGUUCAUGAACGAGGUGUACAAUAAUCUAGCCCUGAGCCUGUGCGAGGGAUACCGCCUGCCGCCCACGCGGGUCACGCCCUACGACAAGAGCGCCAUGUGCCGUCUGCUUAACAUACCCACCGCCAAGCCCCUAGAGCACACGGAGUUCAUCUUUGGGGACCGAUCCACAUAUUCUUAUGCGGGUCCCGAAAAACAGAGCACCGACCGAUUGGCAGAUCAAAACUUCAUCGAGUACCUGGAGAAACGCCUGUUAUUUGCCCGCCUUCCGAUUGAAAGGAGCUACUUGCUCCACGAACUGGCCGACCGGCACAUGCAGAAGAACCACUUCGUCCAGAGUUUGUCCUACGCCCAAAAGGCCAUCGACGAGGCCCGGGGAUGCAAUAGCCGGAUCUGGGAGUUCCUCAGCACCAUGCUGAUGGCCAAGUCGCAUGCAGUGCUCCACAAGUACGAGCGGCAAACGGAGGUCCUCAAUGUCGCCUACGAUCUGGCCACCCAGCUGAAGUCGCCCCAACUGUGCACCUUCAUCGAACUGUGCCGCAUGCUCAACAAGGACUACAUAACGCUCCGCAAGAUGUCCCAGUUGGUGACCAGCAAGCGACUGCGCACCAAACUCUCCAACAGGUCCAGUUUCUUUACCUCCCCCAACUAUUCUCCCAACUUUUCGGAGAUUAAGAAGCAGGAGGCUGAUCUUUUGACCGCCUGAUUCGGCGGCUUGGAUGGAGGGCACUGAUUUCCUACAGUGCCCUCCAUGCGAUCCGUUGGUUCUUGCAUGGCAAAAUACCAGCCUCAAAAAAUCAUUUGAAACUCAUAUAAGUCUGGAAAAUAUCAAAAAGCUAAACAAAAUCUUAAAAACACAGUCAAAACAAUGUGUGAUGUUAAAAAAUAUUUAAAGUAACAAAACCACAUAAACAUGCUUGAACAACAAAAUCUAAAAAAUAUACCUAAAUGUAAAGCCUAAACCGAAAUGAUUAGUACAUUUCUGCAUUUCAUUAUUUUUAAAUUAAUUUACCAACUGGAUAUUAUUUACAUGAUGUUAUUAGCAAUUACUGUGCCAAAUCUAAUGUUUACCCAAGAAAUAUUCAAUUUAAUGAAGACCUUCGGAAAGUUAUGAUUUAAAAUCAAACAGCUGAUCUCUUUGGCAUGCAAAUUAUCCGAAAUUAAAAUGUCACUGCCCCAUAUUUGAAUAUAAAUGUACGGCAUAAAUAAAGUCAACAAAGGGCA